AUGAGUAAACAAAAGAAGUUGGAUUUCUUUUUGAAAAAUCCAAAUACUAGUGUAAUUACUACUGCUGAGAAACCAACACCAUCAACGAGUGAUGUCACAUCUUCGUUGGAACCAAAACGGAAGAAACCGAAAAAUCGUAAGUACGAUCCCUCAUACCUAGCGUUCGGAUUUACAUACAAAGAUGAUUGCCCUCAAUGCGUUAUUUGCUCGGAAAUUUUAACUAAUAGUUCUAUGGCUCCAGCAAAACUUUUAAGACAUUUGGAAACAAAACACCAGCAGUAUAAGAGUAAGUCAAUCGAUUUUUUUAAAAGAAAAGAAAGUGAAUUGAAAGCUCAGAAGACACUAAUUCGAAAUACGGGAACUGAAAAUGAGUUAGCCCUUAAAGCGUCAUUUUUGAUAUCACUUCGCAUUGCAAAAUCAAAAAAAAAUUUUACCAUAGGAGAAGACUUAAUUAUGCCUUGUAUGGUCGAUGCCAACCUUACACUUUUUGGAGAUAAAGCUGCUAAAAAAAUAAAAACAAUACCUCUUUCUAAUGAUACAGUUUCAAAUCGCAUAACUAUGAUGAGCGAUGAUGUUCAUCAGCAACUUAUAAGAAAAAUAAAAAUGUCAAAGAUCUAUGCUCUUCAAUUAGAUGAGUCGACUGACAUUACUGAUAAAGCACUGCUACUUAUUUAUAUUCGGUAUGUGCACUGGGACGAAAAAGAAAUCAAAGAAGAAUUCUUGAACUGCUUGGAACUGAAGAAACAUACAACUGGGGCUGAAAUUUUUUCUGCAUUGUACGAUUGUUUCUUAAGUACAGAUUUAAAGAUGUCAGACUGUAUCUCAAUUUGUACUGAUGGCGCGGCUAAUAUGACUGGUAGGCAUGCAGGACUAGUCGCAAAAAUGAAACAAGUAGCUCCAAAUAUACAAAGCACACAUUGUAUGAUACACCGAGAAAUGCUAGCAAGUAAAAGAAUGAGUGCCGAGUUUAAUCAAGUACUAACAACAGCUGUCAAAACCGUAAAUUUUAUUAAGUCCAGCUCUCUUAAUUCACGACUGUUUGCAAUGUUGUGUGAUGAAAUGGGAUCCACACACAGAACGCUAUUAUUGCAUGCGGAAGUUCGCUGGCUUUCGAGAGGUCGGAUAUUAAAAAGACUGUGUAAACUUAGAGAAGAAAUAAUAAUAUUUUUAUCAAGCAAAAAUUGGGACCUGGUUCAGUACUUCAAAGACAUAGAUUGGAAUAUGAAAUUAUGUUAUCUUGCAGACAUAUUUCAAUUUUUGAAUGAGCUAAACCUGUCUCUUCAAGGAACACAAAAAACCAUGUUUCACAGUUACAGUAAAAUAGAAGGGCAAAAGAAAAAAUUUAAGCUGUGGAUCACAAGAAUUGAAAACAACUGUUUUGAAAUGUUCAGCACCUUAAUGGAGUUCAUGAAGGGGGUGAAUGAGAAUAAUGAAGAUUACAAUAUUACUCAACUUAAACUGAUUAUUGUUAAUCAUUUGAAUAUGUUAUCGCUUAAAUUUGAAGAGUAUUUCCCUUCAAAUCAAGACCCAAGAGAUGGUUUCUUAUGGAUUUUGGAUCCAUUCAGUGCCAAUAGCUCAACAAAUACUCUAUCUACGAAUGAAGAGGAUAUGUUGGCAGAUCUUUCCUCAGACGUCACGUUAAAAAACCUAAAAAACAAUUCAUCACUAGAUAAAUUUUGGAUAGAAGUUCACAGCGAAUAUGAGGUAUUAAGUGAAAAGGCGUUGGGAGUCCUGCUUCUUUUUCCUUCAACAUACUUAUGUGAAAGUGGAUUCUCAGCAGUCACUGCAACCAAGACUAAAUAUCGAAAUAGAUUGAAUGUGACGCCGACACUAAGACUUUCAUUAACAAACCUUACUCCAGAUAUUGAUAACAUAUGCAGUCAUAUUCAAGCGCAACCAUCCCAUUAA